UUUGAUGGUUAAGUCUGCCGGCGCAUGUUACUUCCAUUUAUAUUUAUAAACCUCAAGAAAGGUUAAAAGUAUGCAAGGUGAGACUGAAAACACGUGAUCAUUGUUUGAGUGGCAUGAAAUGUUCUAGAUUACUAUCUCAAAAAGGAUAUCAUGUUAAUUACAUACUUUGUAUGGAUUAGGUGAAGUGAGGGGGGGUCAAAGCCUAGCAUGAGACACGACAAUGGGCAGGCAUGUUUGCAGGGUUAUGUAUGGGUCCAGACUCCAGGGGCAGGCCACCAUCUUUUUGGUGUUGAGGGCGUGUGAAUUGUGAUGGAAAUUUUGCCAGACUGUUGAUAGGCAAAUGUUUACAGAGGGAGGACAAAGGGUGCAAGAGGUUGGGGUUACAUAGAUAUAUGCCACCGACAGUGACAAUGUUUAUCAAUUCUACUACCCCCCUACCACUACCAUUGUAUUUGUAUGUAUGGUCAGGACAAGCAGAUACAGUAAAAAGGAGCCAAAAAAAAAAAACAAUUAGAAAGCAAUUUAUAAAAAAAAAUGGAAGAAAGAAAGAAAGAGAGAGAGACUCUUGGGGCUGGGGGAAGCAGGCAUGUGGAUGAGUGGGGGACACACCAAGACUCAUCAAUUAAACCCUCCUUGAAAUGAUUGAGUUUGUGACAGAAGGGAGAAAAAAAAGAAAAUAAAAAAAAAAGGAAGCCCUCUCCCAGUCUCUUUUAUUUCUCUCUCUUUCUUUCACUGCUCUUGUUUUUGGUUGCUACAGUACUGCAUUUUGCUUUGGGGGUCAGUGAAUGAAAAAGGAAAACCAAAAAGCAUGAGCUUCAGUUGAGCUACCAACAAGUUUUUCUAUACAGCCCGACUUGGCAAAGCCUUUGUUUUACUUCUCUUCGAAGAAGCCAAGGGUUUCUUUUUUAUUCUUCUUUCUCUCUUCUUCAUCAUUGAAGAUGCCUAGACCUGGUCCAAGACCUUAUGUCUGUGAGAGAAGAGCUUGGCACAGUGAUAGACACCAACCCAUGAGGGGUUCUCUCAUUCGGGAAAUUUUCAGAGUUGUAAAUGAGAUUCAUAGCUCAGCAACAAAGAAGAACAAGGAAUGGCAAGAGAAGCUCCCUGUUGUUGUCUUAAAAGCAGAAGAAAUUAUGUAUUCCAAAGCCAAUUCUGAGGCUGAGUACAUGGACAUUAAAACCCUCUGGGAUCGAACAAAUGAUGCCAUUAACACAAUCAUUAGACGUGAUGAGAGCACUGAAACUGGAGAGCUUCUUCAACCUUGUAUUGAAGCUGCUCUUAAUUUGGGCUGCACUGCGAGAAGGACUUUGCGGAGCCAACGGAAUUGUAGUCCAAGGUCUUAUCUUAACCAAAAAGCAGAGGGCACUACUCAAGGAAAUCUCAUAACUAAUUCACAUUGCAUGGCUAGUUAUUCCAGCUUCCUAAAACACACAACCAUGAACAUGACGGAUAUGGGCUCUGAAGCUCAGAACCACAUUGCUCAGAACAGUAACCGUGGCACUGACAAGUUUCCUUUUGUAUCAAACACUAGUCCUCUUGCUAGUAAUGUAGAGAAGCAUCCUCCAAAUACCUAUUCAGUUUAUCCUCUUUUCUAUGGAAACCACCUUAAAGUUGAAGAACAGCGGCAUGGUUAUGGAAUCUCACCAAAGUCAUUUUCUAACAAAAUAGAGCCUGCCAUGAUGGGUGUCAUUCAUAGUCUCUUCUCUCCUGAUGUGGACUCCUCAAAUAAGAUGAACCAAACAGAUGUUAGAAAUACUUCUAACAACCCACAUGAAAUUCCCUGUGACCUAUCACUGCGGCUGGGCCCUCUCUCAACUCCUUGCCUGAGUGCUGGAAACAGUAGGCACAAGGAAAUUAAAAACACCGAUUCCACCUUUCUAGAGUGGAACAAGAUCAGUUAUCUGACACCCCCAAUUGAUGAAAGUUUAUCUUCCUUACCCAGGAGCAACAGAGAUGCCCCCUUGAACCCGUAUUCAAAUGAACGGAAUCUUGAAGGUGGACAUAUGAAUGUAGAUGCAACAUUGAGCAAGCGAAAGACAAUUUAUGGUUCACCAGUCGAUCAGCAAUUUUGUUUGUCACCAAAGCUUCCUUGCAGCGAAUUAACUGGAAGAAUGAAGCGUGUAGGAUCCUAGAGCGUCCUUUAGACCAUUGACAUUGUCUUGGUGAGUAUGAUCUGCUGAAGCUCUUUCCCCCUUUAUUUUCCCCUUCUUUUUGUAGUUGAAGUUAUAUGUUAAUGAGCAGUGUGUUAAAAUGUUGCAAGAAUGUAAGUUGCAAUAUUGAAUGAGUUGAGUUAAAUGAGGGAAUCACCAACAAACUGACCGACAAGACUCUUGAAACUGCAACGUACAAAGAAUGUUGUCUUCCAUGUUGCUGCUUGUAGAAAUAUAACCCUAUGAUGUUCACUUUUGAUGUAUCUUUCCAUCUGUCUGCUCCAUGAUAUAUACGGCAAAAUCACACCCUUGAAAACAGUUAACUGGAAAAAGCUUAAGAAUAUUUGUGUAAUCAA